GAGCGCCGAGCGCCGAGCGGCGGCGGCGCUUCCCCCGCGCGGCCCAGCCCCGCUCAGCGGCUGCCCGAGGCGGCGGGGCCGGGGCGCGGCAUGGCCCUGUCGCGGGGGCUGCGGUGCUGCCAGCGGGCGUUCGCCUGGGUGCCCGUCGCCAUCAUCGCGCUCGUCGUGCUCUGGUCCUACUACGCCUACGUGUGCGAGCUGUGCCUGGUGACUCUGAGCAACCCUGUGGAAAAAGUGGCCUAUCUUACAAUAUUCCAUAUUCUCUUCGUGCUCUUUGUGUGGACAUAUUGGAAGUCUAUUUUUACUCUCCCAGUGCAGCCAGAUAAAAAGUACCAUAUGUCCUACGCUGACAAAGAGCGCUAUGAAAACGAAGAAAGGCCGGAGGUGCAGAGGCAAAUUCUUGCCGAAAUUGCAAGGAAGUUGCCAGUGUACACAAGAACGGGGAAUGGAGGUAUUCGAUUCUGUGAUAGAUGCCAGCUAAUAAAACCUGAUCGUUGUCACCAUUGUUCCGUUUGUGCUAUAUGUGUGCUAAAAAUGGAUCAUCAUUGUCCGUGGGUGAAUAACUGCAUUGGAUUUUCUAACUACAAAUUCUUUCUACUGUUCUUAGCCUAUUCUUUGUUGUAUUGCUUAUAUAUUGCUGCAACAGUCUUCAAGUAUUUCAUUAAGUAUUGGACAGGUGAGCUGACUAAUGGACGUUCCAAAUUUCAUGUCCUUUUCCUUCUCUUUGUGGCGGUCAUGUUCUUCGUAAGCCUGAUGUUUCUGUUUGGCUAUCACUGUUGGCUUGUCAGUAGAAACAGAUCUACUUUAGAGGCUUUCUCAGCUCCAGUGUUUCAGAAUGGCCCAGAUAAAAAUGGAUUCAAUCUAGGCUUUGUAAAGAACCUUCAGCAAGUGUUCGGAGAAGAAAAAAAGCUUUGGUUACUACCUAUUGUCUCUAGCCAGGGAGAUGGACAUUUUUUCCCCAUGAGAGCUUUGUGCGAAGCUCAGAAUCCUCUCCUAGCAAACGAAGAGCAGUGGGAAGAUGAUGGAAUAGAUGAAGAGCCACACGAUUCCAAUGAAGCUUCAUCUCUUGCCAUAGAAAGGGAGACAUAGCGAUUUGAAAAUACAACAGUACAAAGCUUGUUCAGAAAGAUUUCAGCUUCCCUCUCAGGAGCCAACAUCCCUUCUCUUUUCAUGGACUUCAGUUUUGAGGGUCAGAAAACAAAUGGAUCUUCAAGAGGAGAAAACAUCAUGAAGUGUCAUCUGAUUGGAAUCUGCAUUCUAGAGUGCUUCUCCAGAAAUCCUGCUACACAGAUGUUUCAAGGCUUUAUAAGUUUAAGUUAUGGAGUGAACAGAACAGUUUUAUAGAGUGAUUCUGGCCAAUCUUCUUUGGCCUGCUCUCUUUAUUUUCUAAAUAAUAUAUAUUUUUUAUUCAAAAUAGGUGAAAAAAAAUAUUGAUAUGAGUGCAUUUCCAAAGGCCUUUUCGUUUUGCAAACAUCAGGGACUCAAGCUCUCAGAAUUCUUCCAAGCCAUAAUAUUCUUGGGAAACCUAUUUAUUUGGAGACUGAUUCUCCAACCUGCUCUGACAAGUGGCAUUUUCUAAUAAGUGUUUAAAAUCCUAUCUAAGUUCAACUCAAUGAGAGACAGACUUGCAGAAAUUUGGGACUGAACUGGUAGUUAGAUGUGUGUGUGGUGAACGCAAAAGUGCUGAACAUGCAUAUACAUGUGCAGCUGUGUAUGGAAAUAAAAUAGUUAGUCAUAUUGCCAGUAACAAGAUUCAAGAAUAUUGUGGCCAUUGGUGCUUUUUUCUAGGAGGGUGUCGUUUUCUUAGAUUUUGAGUUACAGUGCCCUUAAAGCUGAAUCCUACUUACAGGUACCUAAAAUUCUAACGGGAAUUUUAGACAGUACAGUUUGCAUUAAUUCCUACGGCUCGGGCUAAAUGACAGAAUUUGCAUGGCAAUUAGAGCAUUAUCACCUUAUCUCAGGAUCAGUGUUUGAUGGGAAAUUUUGUAUGUAUGGAGUCAGGAAGGUGUUAGUUUGAAACAGAUGAGUUGGAAAUGUGCACUGAAUAUUUAGCUCCAACAGUAGCAUUUGGAGCUCACCCUUCACAAAGGUGGGUUUAGUCCCAUAAUGCUGAAGAGGCAACGACUGAUGUCCUGAAUUAGGUCAACUUCUUCCUAAGUAAAUGUAUUGACUGAUGUUGUAAAGAUUUUUUUUUCAACACCAAGAGGUGAUCAGAUUUUUUCUAUUUACUUGACUCCAUCUGCAGUCAAAGGAAAGUACCAGUAUUUUUAUUCUGCAGCAUGGAACUGAGAAUUUGCUCUCUAUAUUAUAUGCAGUUUUCUAGAUCUGAGUCCUUUUUUAUCUGCACGGUUCAGAUCUGGCAGCUCCAUCGCUCAUGUUUGAAUUAGAUGCAUGCUUGAAGUAUUAAGAUACUGCCUUUAAGAGCAUGUGUUACACUCACCACUUUCUGUCCAAUUUUUAUGUUUGUUUGCCCCUUUGUGUUGACAGUGACUCAGCAGCAGUUGUGCACGUCAUGAGAAAUUACCAGAUAAGUAUCUGUUCGGUGACAAAGGCCUUGGCUACACACUAGAUCUUUUCGCCUCUGUUUACUCUGCUGCAGCUACCAGUAUCUCCACUGGUAGCACAUUAAGGAGGCAAAGGAGUCGCGCAGAGACUUUCUGUCCGUGAGAGCAGACAUUUAAUUAUCUGAUAUAAACCAUGCCUUUUAGACAGACAUUUUACAUAUCAGCCUCUACUCUCCGUACUUAGGUGCAGAGCAGGCAACACGCUCUGUAGAAUGUGUUAUUGCUAAAAUUUAAAUCUUAAGAGAUAGGGUCGCUCUCCCGGUCUCAGUACAGGUCACUUGCCCUUUUCCUCGGGGUGCUGCCGAGCGCUCCCUGAACGCUCCCGCUGACGGCGCUUCAGCCACCUCCGUUUGAUGGCUCUAAUCGAACGGCUGUCGACUGCUGAAACUGUUUUUCCUAUCAAAUCUAAACCUGCAUUUGUAAUAGAAAUCUGUUGCUGGAUCGUAAGUUGUGUUUGGUGGAAGAUGGCAGUAGAAUUCAUCACCUCAUUUCUGGCAAAACGUAUUUCGGGGGGGUCUUUAGAGGAAGGUGGCAGUUAAAUGCAGUAGGAAAUCAUAGCAAUUUAGUGCCAGCUGUUAUUUGUGCCUUUUAAAAUGCUACGGUCUCUAACUCUGAACUUCUUCUGUCUAAAAACAGGAAGAUAAUUUGGCAGCUUUCUGUGUCAUUCUGUCAGCUUACGAGUGUUUUUAGGGUAGGGAUAUUGGAGCUGUGUCUGAAGGCGCGUGGCGCUGCGGGGGUUUUGAGAGCAGGUUCCUGCAUCCUUUCUGGGUCUGGUUCUGCCUGGGGCCGUGUCGGUCUUCCAGCGUCGCUUCCUGGCCAAACUGGGCCAGCAGCAGAACCGCCUAAAAGCUCUGCAGGCGGUAGCCCUGCUUGCCGUCCCGCUGCGACACUGCCUGUUAGUUAGUGAAUAACGUAAACUUUUGUCUUCAGUUAUUAUUAAAACAAAUAUCUUUGUGAUAAUGCUUAUGUUUGGAAACAGCUGUAAAUGUUUCCAAGUACUUUUAAGUGAUGCUUCAAUGUCUUUCCUUAACUUGCAUACUGUUAUUAAGUAACUUUUCUUGUGACUAGUUAGAGCUGACUUCCCAUUUUCCUGAACAGCAGCUCCGCAGUACCCAGCUGUUACAACCUCUUUCCCAGGCAGAAACAAUGAAUAAUUUGAUAGCUUCAGAACUCUCUUCGAGUCAGUAUUCACACUGGUCAGAUUUUUGAAAGCUUCAAAAUAAAACACAAAACAAAUACAAAAGGUGUGGUAGAAUGAGGCAGGACAAAAUGCAGAAAAGGUCGGGUAUGUCUGAGUGACUGGAAAACGCCAUUCUGCUCUUCUGCUUACUCAGAGGAGAGCUCCUUCGGCUCUGCCUAGAGUUGCCCUGCUUUAUGCUGCGUUACAGUGCAACAGAAGAGUCAGGCAGAUUCCUCUAACGUCCCAAGAUUAAUUAAAGCUGAAUAUGAAAGACUGCAAUGAAGGUAAGACUGUCCAAGAAGGGAGUGUCUGUGCUGGGUUUGCUGAAGCCACUAUACGUCUGUUCUUCAAGGCAGCACGUAAAUGGGCAGAUCUCUGGGGGAAAAUUUAGUAUUUUUCAAAAUAUUGCUACUGAGAUCUCUUUGCCUCGUGCAGUUGCAACUGAUGUUUUGAACAUAAUUUCAGAUGACCUAGUAAGGAGAAUGCAGUUAUUUUGGUUAGUCUUUUGGGCCAUUAGAAAGACUGCCAGCUAGAAAUCUAGUCAGUGUAAAAGCAGUAAUUUUCACUGCAGCCCCUAAUACUUGUGGCUUUAAAGCUGCACUUCUAUUUACUUUUUAAAUUGGCUUUUGGUUUUCUUAGCUUCUGAAAGAAAGUUGCAUAUGUGUGAUGUUCUGCCAAAUAUGCUAGGUAAAUGCACUGGAAAACAGAAAUCACUCAGACUAGUUCUGUAAUCACUGCUGAGGGUAACAAAACAGAAAGUAUUCAGCCAAGUGUAUGGUUUUUUUGAACUUGCAGCUAGUUCUUUAAGGGGAAAAAAAAUCCAUUUCCACUUUUGCUGGUGCGGUCUCCAGGGCAGAGCUGCGUGCCGCAUCGUGGAAAAGGCCCAAGGUGUUCGCCUUGGGAAGCUCGUUGUCAGUCUCUACCCAGCUCCUUCUGUAAGUUCAGUUGCACCCAAAAACAGUUGGUAAGUUAAACUCCUGAGGUUUGCACCUCAAUGCUAAUGCCUUUUUAGGUUGUGUGGCUGUAGCGUUUGUGAGGGUGUGUACACUGUGCUGUUCGAGCCCAGCCUGGCCUCAGCGUGGAAGUAGCAAGGAAACGUUCUCAACCUCAUCCUGGAGGCCGAGAGCGUUUGCUCUGGCUGAGCAGCUCCUACCAGAUCUAUGCUGCAAAACUGUGCAGUAAAGGUGGUUUUUCAGCUCAGGGUCAUACAUAAUUAUUGUCCUUAGUUUGUAGUAUUGCCAGUAUAACUCGAGGUGAAGAACGCUUUUGUGGGCUUGGCUUACUGUAGCCCGGGGGUGCUCACCGGCGGGGCGCUCUGUCGCGCGCCGGCCCUCCGGUGCCAGGCGCUGCCGGGGUCGUUUCGAUGAGGAUGUGGGAGCUGGAACGGGGCAACCAAUUGCUAUGUGUAAAUCUACCAAAACAGUCGUCAGAUGGGAGCGCGCAUUCACAGUCAUCUGGCCCGGCCAAAAAUCGCCGUUCCAAAAAUCAAACGCGCCUGGAAUCUCCUUGGAAGUGUCAAACAUGGCAAUGGGUUUUGUUAGCUUAAAUCAAGGCCUUCGACUUACCUACAGCAUAGCCUGCCUUUCCCCUGGCCAGUUCGUUGCUUGUAUUGCACCAUUUUGCAAAGACAUUUCUUGUCCUUCACAUGACCGAGGACCUCGCGUGCUGUAAGCAACUUUUCCAAGUGGACGUCGUCAUGUGAAAGAAAGAAUUCUCUUGCUGGCUUUUACUGAUACCGCCACACUCCCUUAUUCCUGUUGUCUUGGGUUAAUGCUCCAAAGCAAUUUACCACUAACGACCACCCCAUUACCUCUGCCCCUUCACUCCCAUUUGCAUUCAGGCACACUACUUUUUUUAAGAGAGAAAACAUCAUAUUGAUGUCUCUAUGGAUUGUAUUGUGACAAGUCCUAUCCUUUGCCGGUGGGGUCUGUGUAAGGAAUUAGGACUUUGACGAGCAUCACUGCACUGUGGGGUUUUUCAUGUGUCUCUUGCUGCAUUGGUAGAGUAUGUUUUGGGAGUAGAAUAAGACUGUAUUCCUUUAAACAGGGAGUAGUACUGUACUUUUUUAAUGGGCUCGACUAGUGCGUGUAGUGUACUGUAAUUGCUGAGGACUGGGAAGUUUGCUUUUAGCAUAGUGGUAAUGAAUGUUAACUUCCUGGAACUAAUUAGAAAUAUGAUUCAGCAAAAUCUAUAGCAAUUAUACCUUUUAAAUUCUGUACUCUGAUGUGGACUGAAAGCACAACGUAGUAUUAGUUACCAAACCUAAUGCGUAAAGUCUGUAACACAAUAUGAAUGUAAAGCGUCAGGAAAAACAUUUUUCUUCCUCCCUCCCCAUGGUUAGAUACAAAGGGAGAUUUCUUAAGAUGUAUUCAGGGAGCAGCUGCCUCUAGCGGAGCUGUUAAGCCGGCAGAACAGAGCUGCUGUUUGCAUAGCUGCUAAUUCAUGGAAGUGUUGAAUUAGCAGGUUAAGGAGGUACCAUUGACCUUGGUUGUUAAGCCAGAAUUAACUAACUCAAAGGGUUACAUUUUCAUUUCAGUGACUCCUGUGGUACAAAUUUUUGAAAUUGAUCCGUAGUACUUGAAAAUACCUUGAUUUUAUUGAUACUUUUCCAAUUAUAUCAGCUUCUGUUUUGUUACAGAACACUUGCAAAAAUAAACUCAUUUUGAAACCAUCAAUUAAAGCAUUUGCAUGGUAGAGUGGCUUUUUUCAUUAAAAGUAAUGGUCUGUCGAACAGCUUGGCAGUGACGAGCAUUUCAAGGUUGUGGCACUACACGUACUCUUCCUGCUUAAUGCUUUAUUUCCUUUUCUGCUAGUUAACAUUGAGAUCAUACCCGCUGUUACGCAUUUUUAUUCUUACUGUCCUUUUUACUUCUCACUUUAUGCUCUUCCUCCUGAAUAUGCAGUUAAAAUAUAUCAGGUUUCAACUAUUCCUGCUAUUUUCUUUGGAGACUAAGAAGGUGAGUAGAUGUCAUUUUAAAAAGUUAUACAAUGUAUUUUAUUUGUAACUAAACUUGUCAGAUAUGGGUUUGUGAUUCUUACCAUUCAGACAGCUUUCUUUGUUCAAAGCAGUGGGAUCCAACUUUCUGUGUUGCUUUUAUCUUCUUCCUAAAAAAUCGUAUUUCUUUGCUUUCUAGCUUCAGUUUAGAAUGUAAACCUUGUGAAAUAAAACGUAAGUUUACAUUUCAAAUAUGAACCUAUAAGUUUAUUAUGCCUUCAUGCCAUUAAAAAUCUUUUCUUUCUGUAUCAACAGAAGAAAAACAGCAUUCGUAAAGCUUUAAGUGAAUCACAGCCACUGUCAAAAAAUCAUCAGGGUUAUGUGUAAAAAAAAAAAAAAACAAAAAAAAAAACCAACAAAACAAAACAAAAAAACCCCAAAAUGACAAAGGGAUCAUCCUUUCUGCUUAUUCCAGUUGUGCUUAAGAAGACACAUUCUUGCAUCAGAUACUAGUGCCAAACAGCUGACGUAACACAAAGCUAUUUUACUUGAUGGAAUUCUUGCUCUUUCAGUAUUUACUGGACUCCAAAUUUUUAUUUGGGGCUAAAUCCCACAGGAAGCAUGGGGAGAAAAAAAAUCUUUGUCCUCCCUGUCUGCUUUCUAAAAUGAAAAAGCUGUAUGUGCAGCACCGUCUCAUCACUUUCCUUUAUAAACAGAAAUGAAAUGCUGUGGAUUCUUGGAAGUGUUGGUGAAUUGUUUCUCCCCUUUCCCAAAGGAUCCUGCUGCUUCUAGCAUGUAUGUGAGAGAUGUAAAUUCUCAUAUAAGCGUCUGGUAUCCCGAUUAUGUAAUGAACCACCUGGCUUGGUUUCGCAGACGCGGCCUCUGGUGAGAAGGAGAUAAGGUUUUAUGACUAGUGUCGUAAAAGACCUCGUGUGAAGAGGUGGGUGGAACUCCGUGUGCUCUCUGUUUUGAAUUAGCUCCAUGUGUGGGAAUUCUUUUGCAAUGGUUACGUUCACCUGUGGACUUCUGCUGUACUGGAAACAUGAGCUUUUCCAGAAUAACUCCGAACUGCAGUGUUUGAACAGGGAGCUUCUAUUGCAGCUUCCUUUUUUGCUGGAAGCAUGUAAAACAGAAAUUACUUUAUAAAUUCUUUUAUUCAGGUAUUUUUCAGCUGAAAAAGACUCAUUUGUUUGUUUUUUAAAAUGGGCCCUUCAAAUAUUAAUUAAACCUUAGGAUUAGUUAAUGUCAGACCUCUCUAUGUUAGAAUUCAGGUGUAUUAGUAGUUUUGCCUUGAUUCAAAGUAAAAACCAAGUCGGUUUCACUCAUUGGUGUUCAUCAAUGGGUUUGGAUUCGGCCAGAAAACUUGCAUUAAAUAGAACAACUGAAACAGUUGCUCUUGCAUUAGAAAGCUUUGUUUGAGAACCAAUAUGCUACCUCCUAGACUGGGUCAGAAUGACUUUUGUUUUUCCUUUCCACUGAUAACCACUGUAAUGUAGUGAACUUUUCAUAGCAAGGAAGACUAGCUUAGUGGGUCUGUGCCAAUAACAAGUUACUGGAAAUAUUAACAGAUACCAUUUUAUUGAUAUAUUACUGCGUUCAGUUGCUUUUAGAUAAACAAUAGGACGUGGUGUUGGUAUUUAUAAGUAUUUUGAGUUUGCAAAAUUUGCAUUAAAUCAGUGCUGCUGUGUUCAGCUAAGGACAUGACACAUCAGAGCUAUGUUGUUUAAUACUAAUUCAUCCCUUAAAUUAAUAGGAAGUAAAUGUUUUCCAGUGAAUGUUGCAAACAGUCUGCUGACAACAUGUGGAAUGUUUAGUCAGGUUCAGGAGUCUUCUGCUGUUGCUGCAUUGAGACUUUGGAUAUCAAAUGGGUUUUUACAAAAGCUUUCGAUAUACUCAUUUUUUACUGUCUGACAGACAUUCUUUAAUAUGAAUGCUUCGUGUUUCACUAGCACUUUCAGAGUGUUUCUAUGGUUUAUACAGUUGAAUAUGCUGUACAUGUUGCUUUGUCAUUUUCUAUUAUUGUUUUUACUAGAAAGCCUGCAUGGUUUAUACUGCAGGCAAGGAGUGCAUUAAAACCAUUUUUGGCUAAUUUA